CAGAUAUGGACACUCAUGGGUUGAAAUGUUUUACGUUCAGUAUAGCAAUGAUAGGAACAAAUGGUACUGCUAUGGGUCGGAAAAUGGUCAUAAGAUAUUUCAAGGAAAUGAAAACAGUGAAACUGUGAAAAUUUUUGUUCUUCACUUGGAUUCGAUUUUUGCACGCUACAUUCGGAUUAAUCCACGUACCUGGAACAACAGCAUUUGUCUACGAACUGAGAUCUACGGAUGCCCAUACAACCCAGAAAAAGACUACGACACUCGUCGGCCUAUGUAUCAGGCCUGUGGACUGGAUCAUCCCACAUCUCCACCAACUACAACACCUCCUCCUCAUACUACUUCUGCAGAGCAGAUAAUAGGAGACAUACCAAUAUCGCAGUUUAGCAUUAUCCUUCAGGAUGGUCCCAUAGUCAAGACGUCGAAAUUAUUCCCUGUUCGUGUCGGACCACAUGAUGGUACAAAAGUCCAAUAUCGAUGGGAACUUGAAGACGAAGAACUGGUCAAAACUCAGAAGAUGAAAUUAAAGGCUUAA